AUGGCGUCGAGGAAUCGGACUUUAAUCUUUAGGAAAUACAGGGACGCGUUGAGGAGUGUGAGGGUUCCUACCGGCUCUUCGCCUGCUUCUGCAUCGCCAUCGACUAGCUCUGGCACUGGUGGACCGGUGAUUGAAUUGGUUAGCUCGUCGUUGUUGCAUCCGAAUCGGUCGUACGCUCCCUUAAGUACUGAGGAUCCGGGUAAUUCAAGUAAGGGUGCUCUUACUGUGGGUCUACCUCCGGCUUGGGUGGAUGUAUCCGAAGAAAUAGCUGCAAAUGUGCAGCGUGCACGAGUAAAGAUGAUGGAGUUAGCUAAAGCUCAUGCAAAGGCUUUAAUGCCUUCAUUUGGAGAUGAUAAAGAAGAUCAACGGUUAAUUGAAUCUCUCACGCAAGACAUAACUAACUUAAUCAAGAAAUCAGAGAAGGGGCUCAAGAGAUUUUCCGUAGCUGGACCUUCAGAAGAUUCCAAUAUCAGAAAAAAUGUUCAGCGAUCUCUUGCCACUGACCUUCAGAACCUCUCUAUGGAGCUUCGCAAGAAACAGUCAACUUAUUUAAAGCGCCUACGGCAGCAAAAAGAGGAAGGUCAAGAUGGGAUUGACAUAGAGAUGAAUCUAAAUGGAAAUAGGUCGAGAAUGGAGGAUGACGAUGAUUUAGAAGACAUGGUAUUUAACGAGCAUCAGAUGGCUAAGGUGCGAAAGACUGAAGCAUUCACUGCAGAAAGAGAGAGAGAGAUCCAACAAGUAGUAGAAUCCGUGAACGAGCUUGCUCAGAUCAUGAAGGACCUAUCAGUACUUGUCAUAGACCAGGGUACCAUUAUCGAUAGAAUAGAUUACAAUAUCCAAAAUGUUGCGACAACAGUCGAGGAGGGCCUUAAGCAACUGCAGAAGGCGGAGAGAACACAGAAACAAGGGGGGAUGGUAAUGUGCGCGUCCGUGCUCAUUAUCAUGUGCUUUGUCAUGUUGGUUCUCUUAAUCCUUAAAUCCAUCCUAUUUUGAUUAUCAAGUAUAAUAUACAAUUCCAGAUAAAUGCAUAGUUACCAACAUUGUUCCUCAGAGACCUUUACACAAAAAAUGGUAGUGGCGUUUCCAGGCCAAUCAGAGAAAUUCUUGAGCACAUAGGACUCAUUCCCCUGUUUGGUGUGUGCCGGGGAAUGGGGAGGAGGGACUUAGCUUCUCUUGAAUUACAGAGUUAUGGACGGAAUAGUUUGUAUAGAAAUUGAUUGGGCACUGGAAACUUGUCAUCCAUCGUACCUCUGCUGAUAAUUCUUUUGAUUUUCAUGAGUUUUUAUAGAAGUUGAUUCUUGGCUGUCCCACUUACUUGGAGAAUCAUUCUGUUCACUUUCAUGUAUUGACUGAUGUUUGUACUUUGUACUUUUAUUAUUUCAGUGCAAUAAAAUUGACACAUAAAGCCUUAUAUCCAA